UUUGUAAAGAAUUGUUUUAUGAACAAUGAGUAUAAAUCUUUUGCGUAGGUGGAAAUAGUUAAUAGAUAUAUAAAUAUUCCAUCCAACGCUAAGUCUCGGAAUUUCGAAUUGUGAGAAAGUUGGAUCAAUAAAAUCCUAUGGGUUUCGCGCAUGACAAAAUUUAUUUUACGAAUUUCUUAAGGUUAUAAGAUGAACUAUAGAAAAUUCUGCUGCACUGAAUGCAAUAAGUAAACAAUAUAAUAGAUUCAGUUAAAUGCGGAACAAUGUUUGAAGGUGCCAUAGCGGCGUUCUUGAAUCGUCUUUUGGGAAAAUAUAUUGAAGAUUUAGAUAUUGAACAGUUUAACAUUGGUAUCUUUUCUGGCGAUACUUGUCUUACCGAUCUUAAGUUAAAACCUGAAGCUUUGUAUCAACUUGGUCUACCUAUUAAGGUAGAAAUUGGUUUAAUAGGAAAAAUUAUUUUAAAAAUACCAUGGUCUGGAUUAUUUUCUCAACCAAUUAUUCUUUGUAUCGAGGAUAUUUAUAUUGUAACUGUGCCUAUUGCAUAUGGUCCAUAUGAUGCUGAAAUACAAAAAAGAUUAAUAAGGGCAGAGAAAAAAAAAAUAUUAGAAGAUUUAAAAGAAGAUGAAACAUUUAAAAUAGAAUUAUUUGAUCAUUUAUUGGCAUCUGUAACAAAAAACUUUCAAAUUACUAUAAAUAAUGUACAUAUUAGAUAUGAAGAAAAGUUAAAUGGAUCUUUGUGUGCUUGUGGUAUCUGUAUUCAAAGUAUAUCAGUAAUGACUACAAAUAGUAAAUGGAAACCCGGUGUUUGUACUAAUAAUUUGAGUACAAUUUACCAAUUAAUAAGAGCAGAAUCUUUGAGUAUAUAUAUGGAUUAUGAUACAGAAUCUUCUUUUACAAAUAUUAAGCAUGAUUGGAAUAUUUCUAAUUUUCUAGCAUGGAAAAAUACAAUGCAUAGAGCUUUGCAAACUUUUGGCAUGAGAAAUAAAGAGUUUCAAUUUUUAUUAAAACCAUUUACUGCAAAGAUAAAAGUAAUUAUACAUAAAGGAAAUGAGACACAAACAUCUCGCAUGUUGGUUGAUAUAGUACUUCAUGAUGUAGCAAUGCAAGUUUCCAAAAUGCAAUAUGUUAUAUUCUGUCAUCUUUAUGAUUCAUUAUUACGUGCCAUUAUCAAUAAACCAUACAUAAAAUAUCGUCCAAAUGAAAUUGUAAAGGAAAAUCCAUCAGCUUGGUGGAAAUAUGCUUAUAAUUCAAUUUUAGAUUACAAUAUAAGACCAUAUACUUGGACAAAAAUCAUUGAACAUAGAAAAAAUUAUAGAAAAUAUAAAGAAGUAUGUUUGCAAAGCUUGCUUCGACCAAAUGAUACAGAACUAAAAUUGGAUUUACAAAAAUAUGAAGAUUAUCUAACUAUUUUGAACAUAGUAAUAGCAAGAGAACAUGCUAAACAGGAAUUGAAAAAUAAAACUAUCGAAGAGAAACAUCAAAAUGUGAAUACCAAUAUUUCGAUACAAAAAUUAAUACAAAAUACAUCUAUGAUUAAAGAAAUACAAAAUAAUGAUAUGCAAAAUUCGUUGCAACAUAAUUCAGAAAGACAAAUAAAAUUGGAAAAACUACCUCAACCAAUUGACUAUAAAUUCAAUUUUACUUUAGCAAACUGUUGUUUAAGUUUUUUAAACCAUGAUAGAGAAAUUCUUGUUAUAUCUAUAACUCAGCUCUUAACGAGCGUUGAAAUACGAUCUGUGAUGUCUGCUUUUAAAAUAUCUGCUCGAGCUGAAAGUUUUGUAAUUGAAGGUGUUUCUACAGAUGGUGAUCUAGUGCCUUUAAUUAUGGUUGAUAAUGUUCUGACAGGAAAUGUAUCAACUAAUUUUUUGGCAGUAGAUUUUGAGAAGAAUGGAGAAACUGUGGAUCCAUCUUUUGAUGUUUCUAUAAAAUUAGAAGCUAUAGAAAUAACUUAUCAUCAUCAUGCUAUGAUAGAAAUUAUUCAAUUUUUUAAAUUUAAUGAUUCGCAUAUUCAAAUGACAAUUCUGUGGGCAUAUAAAUUAUAUGACAACAUAAAAAGAAAUUUUCUAAUUUUGGUAGAUAAUAUCGUUUCUCAGACGCUUCGGAUUAGAUUUAAAAUAGAUAUUAAAGGACCAUAUAUUGUAUUUCCUGAAUAUGGAUCAAUACAGAAAGGCGGAAAUAUACUUGUUAUGGAUUUUGGUAAUAUAAAUUUAUUUAAUGAACUUCAAGCUACUAAUUUACAACUUGAAGAUGCAACACUUAUGGAAUUGGAAGAAUUACUUUACGAUAGAAUACAUAUUGAAUUUUCUGGCGCUCAAAUAUUAUUUUGUCAUUCAGGAGAUGAUUGGAGGUCAGCUCGAAAAAGAAAAGAUUCUGAAUAUCAUUUUCUAUCAAAGAUACAAGCAACUACAACUAUUUCAUGUAGUAUAAAACCAGAAUACUAUCAAUUACCAAGAAUAAAAAUCAAUGUUUCUAUUUCGAGUAUAAAGUUUAAUUUAUCGGAAAAUAAAAUACAAUUGAUCAUUUAUUUCUUAAAUGUAUUAUUGUUAGCAUACCAACAAAAUAUACAAAAAUACAAAAUCAAUUUAAAACAAUAUAUUUCCAAAAAAAAUUUGAAUAAAAUUUUCAUAUCAAUGGAAGAACUUAAAAAUGUACAACGUAAUAUAUGUCUAUCAUCAAUUGAAAUGAUGGAAAACAAAUUUACGCAUGUGACUAAGGAUCUUUUUACAAAUCAUGUUCAAAAAUUAGAUAGAAGUAUUGUAUCUUCUGAAAUUAGUGAAGAAGAUUUGGAAUUAUUAUCAAAAACUAUAAGUUUAUCUGGAUUCGAUGAUAAUGUGUCUCCAUAUAAUCAUAUCAAUCUCUUAUUAAGAUUUGCUAUUGGAGAGUUAUCAAUUCACUUGGGAAUCAUACAUUAUAGAAAAGAAGAACCUUAUUUAAAUUUGAGAUUGCAUACAUUAUAUUUUGAAAUUGCAAUAAUGGAAUAUGGACCUGCCAUACAAUUUGGAAUAGGAUCUAUUCUUUUGAUAGAUAAAACAAACGUAGGAAUAACUGGUUCAUAUUUAGAAUUAAUAUCUACUGAAGAACCACAUGAAGUUUUUAUUGUAUCAUAUCGUAAGGUCAAAUCAAAUUGUCCUGAUUUCAAAUCCCAUUUUAAAAGUAUUGAACGAUCUCUUGUUAUAAAUAUAUUAAAUAUUAAUAUUAAUGUUCAUAGACCUGCGUUAUUAAAGAUACGAGAAUAUUGGUAUAAUUUAAUUAACAUUUUCGAAAACAAUAAUCUCUUCAACUUCAUAGAGAAUACAUGUUACAAAAUUAUACAAUGGAAAAUAAUAAAAGAAGACGAUCCGCCUAUUCCUCCUGGUGCUAUUAAAUUGAAUUAUUCUGCUCGAUUUAGCGCUCUCGUUAUAAGAUUUUGUGAUAAAGAUUUAGAUUUAAUAAAAAUGCAAAUUUUAGGCUUGGAAAAUGAUUGCAUUUACAAUGCUAAUGAAAGAAUGAUAUUACGUGCAUAUCUUAGACAUUUAUCAAUUGAAGAUUUGAAUGAAAAUACUCUUUAUUCAAAAAUUUUAACUACAGAAGAAGAUAAAGUUUUUGAUUUCAAAUAUGUGAGACAUAUACCAAGAUUAUAUACAUGUUCAGACAUUGAUACGAAAAAAGAUGAUGUAAUGUCAGAUGGAAUAUUUAAACUUUCUAUUGGGAGGAUGAAUUGUGUGCUUAUUUGUAAAAUUUUAUAUGAUUUGAAAUAUUUUUUAGCACCAUUUUUUCCUAUGUAUUGUUUGCAAUUUAAAAAAUAUUUAGUCAAAAAAAUCAUAAAUGGAAUUGAUGAAUUUAAAAGAAGUGCAACCAAAUUGCAUAUAUUUAUUGAUAUUCAAGGUCCAAUAUUUCUAUUACCUCAACGAAAAGAAAUUCCAAGUCUUCUAGUAUUAAAUACAGGAAUAUUAUCAGUUGAAAAUUUCUUCAAAAAAAUCGAUCAAUCUAUUCAAAAUAAAAUACUAAGUAAUGACACGAAUCAAUUAAUAAUUGAUAAUAUUUUAAUAAAAUUAAAUAAUAUAACUGUAUCCAGAGCAAUUAUGACACUUAGUCAUGAUUUGGAAAUUCAAGAACCAAUUGUUGAACCAGUACAUAUUCAUUUUGAUAUUAAGAGAAAAACAGAAUAUCGUAGUGCAAUGGAGUUUCAAACAUAUGGUUUAUUUAAUAUUCAAGGUUCUAUGGAUUUUGUAUAUAUUAAUUUGAGUCAAAAAGAUUUAAAAUCCAGUAUACUUGUAUGGAAAGAAAAUGUUUCUAAAAUUAUUCUCUUAAAAGAUGCAUACUAUAGUGAAACACAAUCUGCAACAAUAGAUCAAGUAAAAAAAGUUAGUAAUGAAGAUGCGAUGGUAAAAAAAUUGGAAGAUUUUCUUACACACAAUGAAAAUUCUAUAUGUGAAAUUAAUACAAAUUUAAGUUUAGAAGGAUUACAAUUGAAUUUAUUUUUAGAUUCAGAAGAGGUAUUAAGUUCUCCUGUUCGCGACUUAAAUCACGGUUUAUGUAGAUUAACUUUUGGUGAAAUAAUCAACACAUGUGCAUUUUAUAGUGAUAGAAGUUUGAAGAUGAAACUAUCUCUUCAAAGUUAUCUUUUACAAGAUACUCGAAAAGAAUCUGAAUCUUUAAGAAAAAUAAUUCAAUCACCAGCAAGACAAAUAGGAAUGCAAUCUGAAUCUUGUAUAUCCAUUUCGAUGUCUCCUAUUGUUGAUAUUAUGUACACUCGUGCUCCAGCUGGAGAAAAAUGUUUUGAUGCACUCAUUCAGGAAGUCAGAAUAAAUUUGUCUGUACCAUUUGUAAUGCACCUAACUCGAUAUAUUAUGGAUUCCUUUCCUGGUGAUCAAAUUGAAGAAGGAAUUAUUAAUCAUGGAUAUGAAAAUAACAAUUCUACAACAAACAAGGAUAUUAUUACUGUAGAAAAAAAGAAAUUAAAACAUGUACAAUAUUUUACAGAAGAACCAGAUGCUUCAGUAUCUGUGAGAAUACAUAAACCAGAAAUUCUAUUUUUUGGAGAUUUUAAAACAAACAACACACAUAUAAUUCUAUUACAAGCAGAAAUAUCAAUCGAAAGUAGCAGACAUAGUUGUUCAACAUCAAUUGUUUAUACAUUCACUGAUGUGCGUGCUAAAUCAAAAAAACAAGGAAAUUAUUCACAUCAUAUCUACUGGUUAUUAUGUCCUUGUGAUAUUGAAAUUUGUAGAAAACAAGAAGCACCCGACUUCAAUAUCAAUUAUACGAUUGCAGUAAAUAAAAUUGAUAUUCAUUUAUCUGCAGAAAUCAUACAUACAUUUAUCAAUAUACUGAAUGAAACUACAAGUUUUAUAGAUAAUAUUAAUAUGAAAUUAGAAAAUAAAUUUGUGAAUCAAGAUUUUAACAUGCAUACUAAUUUGUGGACACCAAAAAAAAUUUCAAAUGUACCAUACAAAAAAUUAUAUGAUAAUAAUUCACAUCUAAUAUAUGAAUGUAAAGAUCGAAUAGUAACUUUUAAUUUAAAACCAUUAAUGCUAUAUUUACUAUUAGAAAUAGAAUAUUCAAUGGAAAGAUUUCCUGUUAUAAAAAUAGAAAGUAUAAUUACAAUUUCUAUUAAUGAUUGGUUUAAUGAUUUUACUCUAGAAUCAAAUGCAAAAAUUUAUGCAUUUUGUUAUAAUAUGGAUUACAAAAAUUGGGAGCCUUUGAUUGAUCUAUGUUCAGAAGAUGAUAUGACUUAUAAAUCAUGGGAAUUAAUGAUAAAAAUGUAUCAUAGUGAAGCAUUUAUGAUAAAUUCAAACUCAACUGAUUUAUAUCAGCAUAUAAAACAAAAUACAUUAAAGAUCAAGAAAAAGAGUUUUAGAAAUAUCGAUCAGGAUAUUAGAGACAUGAUUUUCAUAACUCCAGAUCAUUUAAAUAUAACAAAAACAAAUGAAGCAGAAUUAUAUUCAACAUAUGAAGAUUCUGAUACAGACGAUGAAGAAGGACAAAAAAAUUUAAUUAGAACUUCCAAUUAUCUAUUCAACAGCAAUAGUAGUGGAGAUGAAGAUAGCGAUAGUGAUAAUUCCAGUACAAAUGAAGAUGAAGGAUUAGAAUUGACACCUGAAUGCAAUAUUGAUUCCUUUGGACAACUUGAUCAUGAACCAAUAAAAUCAAAUGAUAUGGCGGUAUAUAUCAUCAUAUCCGCAGAAGACAAAUUCAAUAUAGUAAUUACUCCAAAUUUAAUUACUAUAAUAGAUAUCAUUAUGAAUGCAUUUCAACAAGCUACUAGUGGAAUACCAGUAGUACCUAUUAAUAUGAAGCAAUUAAAUCUUCAAAAUGCUAUUGGUCACGAAAGUUAUAUAGAAUAUCUUGUCUCAGAAGAGAAUAAUAAAAAUAUUACACGAAUUAUUGCCAAUGAAAAUUAUCAUGAUAUCAGUCCUUCUACAAGUAUUCCUAGUAGUCCUGAAUUAGAGACUCAUUCGGAUCUUGUAAGUCCAAAAUUAGUUGAUAGUGAAAUGGAUUUUAUUGAUCCUGAUACAAAUUUACAAAAUCAUUCAAUGCCAAUACAAGAUGUAUUUGAAGAAGAUUCUUCGAUCAAUAUAUAUAAAAAAAUUACUGAAGAAGUUUUGCGGAUUAUUUUUAAAGGAUUUGAGGAUGUUUUGGUGUAUUGUCCUAAAAAACAGGGAUGUAAUUUAAUUCCACUCCGACCUAUUAGACAUGAAGUUCGUUAUCAUUUGAUUAUAGAAGCUAAUAUAAACAAUUAUUUAUAUCGCACAAUUAUCGUGCGAUCACCGUUAUUGUUUCGAAAUGAAACUUCUUAUGCAUUGGGUCUUUAUUACAAGAAAUCAUUGCUAGAUAAAUUAGGACUCACAUGUAUUGGUAAACCUACAAAUCCUUUUGAUGAUAAUAUCAGGAUGUCAAUUAUUGAACCGGAUUCUACUUAUAGCAUUCCUUUAUAUAUAGCUUAUCAUUUUCCUAUAUAUAUACUGCCUGCUUAUUUAGAAAAAUAUCAGGUGAGUGAAGAAGGAAUUUAUUGGAAAGAACUAAGUGCAACGAACUUAGUUAAAGAUAUUUGUUGUAAAAUGAAGGAAGAUGAAAAUAAUUCUAUAUUUUAUGUCAAAGUAUCCUGCAAUGAAAUUCCAGUAAUCACUAGACCAAGUUGUCAAGUACCAAAUUAUUUAAUAAGUAUUUGUCCUCCUUUUAUUUUCAACAAUCGAUUACCAUUCGUUAUAGAUGUUCAUAUACCUUCUAUUAAUUAUGAAGUUAAAAUUGAACCAGGAGAAAAAAUAAAUAUACAUUCAUUAAAUUGUAAUGUCGAUAUUCAAUUAAUUUUUAAGAUUCAAAAUUAUUUGGCUGUAUAUUGGAUUGGAAUGAUAAAAUUGAAUACGAAUUUGGAAAAAAAAUUUGUUGUAAUGAACACAGAUAGCGAAUUAGAAUCUACAAAACCAUUUCUAUUGUGUGUAGAAUUAUGUAAAAUUACAAGUUGGCAUAUUAUUAUUCAAUCCCAAUAUUGGAUGAUAAAUAAAUCCGGAUUACCUUUAUUCAUUCAAGAAUGCCAUUCUCAUAUAAUUAAUGAAAUACCAGAAGAAGAAUUAAUGGUAUUUUCUCAAAAGAAUAAUAAAAAAUCUAUGGUUAGAUUGAAAGCUCAUCAAUCUGAAUGGUCUUUGCCUUUCGGAUUAGAAGGAAUUACCUCUAUGUCUUUAAUUGUAUGCAAAGAUAUAGAACGAGGAAGAAAGUAUAAAAUUUUAACAGAAAUUGAAAGUUCUCGUCUGUCUCCUAAUUUUACAAAAAUUAUCACAUUUCUUCCCUAUUUUUAUAUCAAUAACAAGAUGAAAAGAACCUUAAGAUUUAUGGAAGAAAAUGAUCAAGCUGAUUUAUGGAAUGAUCUUCUUCCUGGACAAAAUAUACCAUUCUGGCCAGUUACGGAAUCAAUGAAGAUGAGAAUAAAAUGGAGAAACAGUCAAUUGGUAUCACAACAUUUCAGCAUUACACAUACGGGAAAAACAGUUUUAAGAAUGGAUAAUGGAUCGGCAGUUACUGUAGAAAUUAAAGGUGGGAUUAAUUCUCCAUAUUAUAUUACAUUUCAAAAAUACAUAGCAGGUGAUAUACCUGUAAGAAUAGAUAAUUUUUGCGACGAUUUGUUUUUAAAAAUUAGUCAAUAUAAUUUGGGUCAAGUGGUUUUAAUAAAUCCAUUCCAAAGUCUACUAUAUACUUGGGACGAUCCCACAAAAACCAGAGAACUUAUUUGGAAUGUGUACAAUAAUAAAAAAAAUGGUUAUGGUGCAAAAUUUGAAAAAGAUGGAUAUGGUCAAGAAAUUGUACCACUUUUAAUUGUUAACAAUUGUAAUGACAGAAUAUCUUCAACUUCUUCGAUUAAAUCUCAAAACAAUAAAUUAAUAUGUUUGGAAACUACAUCUGAAGAUUUUAAUGAAAAUAAUAAUUAUAAUGAUGAUUGUGCAAAAUCAUCAAUAUUAAAGUAUGCACAAGCAAACAAAACAGUAGUUUAUUGGGUAAGUUAUAUGGAGGGAAAUCAACGAAUUUUACUAUUCACUCAAGAAGAAACAGUGUUUUUAAAAGCAAAGAGUAUCAUUGAUCCUGAACCUAGUAAAAAAGAAAUAUUUGUUUCUUUUGCUGGUAUUGGAGUCAGUAUUAUAACAAAAUCCAACGAGAUUUUAAAAGAAUUAAUGUAUGCUAAUAUAACAGAUUCUGCAGCUCAUUGGGAACUUUAUUUCAAUAAAAAAUGGAAAAAUUUAUCGUUAGAAUUGAGUGCUUGGAUAGAAAGCAAAUAUAUAAAUUCUUGUAAAAAAGCAAAGUUAGAAAAUUUUAUCGAUGUUGAUUUGGUAAAAAUGCACAUGACUAAACCAUUCUUUGGAAGAUUAAGAAGGACUUAUUCUCCUGGAAUUUGGUUACAUUGCAGAAAAUCUAUGUCAUUAACAUAUUUACAAGGCUAUAUUCAUAGAAUACAAGUGGAUAAUCAAAUUCGUAAUACUACGAUUCCGGUGAUUUUACAUUCAAAUUUGCAAAAGAAUAUUAUCAGUUAUGCAGGCUAUCAUAGAUUAAAACAUUGUGUAGAAUUUACAUGUUUAAAACAAACAAAAAUAAAUUAUGACAUCUACAAGAGUAUUUGUGUUAUAAUUAGAGAAUUCAAUCUGAAUUUACAAGAAGGCUUCCUUCUCUCUUUAAUUGAUUUGAUUCCAAAGAGACCAGAAACUAAAUAUUCAAUUGCUGCAAAAUUAAGAAAAGAUGUUUCUAGUAUUCAUUUUUUGCCUUCUAAUAAAACUAAUAAUAAUAUGAUUAAAAGAAAGAAUAUAAUAGAACAUAUAUUUAUAUCUCCAAUUUUAAUACGCUUAAUAUUGCUGGCUGAUGCAGAAAAUCCUAAUAUUUAUAACAUUAAUGAUAUAGCAGAUUAUAAGAAUAUUAUUCGAUUUAUUUUCGAAUACUCUGAAAAGGGAGGAUCUGAGAAACAUGCUGAAUUCAGACUUUCAUGUUAUCAAAGAAAUUUAAUCACAGUUGACACUGAUGAACUUUUAUUAGAUUUAUCGCGAUCUUAUAUUAUUCAAAUUAUGCAACAAUUUCAUGUUUUAAUUCGUUCCACUACUGUCUUGGGGAAUCAAUAUGGUUAUAAUUUCAAAUCGCUAAGAGAUAAUUUUUAUGAAUCUAAUAUGCUGAUUCUAUGCAGAGAAGAAAUAGCAGAAAAACUGAGUUAUGAAGUUGCAUGUCAAUUGGGCUAUACUACAUUAGAUACUACACAAAUAGUUUUUGAUUUUAAUAACGUAAUUAGGAUAAAGGAACCAUGCAUUCAAAAUAAAGAUAUACCUCCUUUAAAUCCUUCAAUGCAUACUUCAUUUUCUACAGAAAUUGAAUUUGAAAGUUAUAGCUUAGUAACUGCCUUUAUGAACAGUAUUCACCAAGAAGAAUUAAAAUAUUUCUUUAAAACUUUAGCAAAAAAAACAUUGAUGUUUUUUAAUACUGAAAGUUCCUCUUUAAAAACUCAUUCAAAAAUAAUAACAGAUAUUAUAAAAAGGGCACAAGAAAUAGGAUAUAAAUUCAUAUCUCGAAUACGUUUACCACGUUAUAUCAAUCCUUAUAAGGGAGUUGAGGUAUUCUCAAUGCAUAAAGCAAAAGGAAUGCAUCUUCUAAGUAUAAUCAAUAAAAAUCCUGGUAUUGAAACAGAUACAUAUUGGGCACAUACUACUUUAUCAAAUGAUGGAAAACAUAUAGCUCUGGUUUCAUUGCAGCGAUUAUAUUUUAUUGAGAAAGGUUGUACCUGGGGAUCUUUAAAUGUAAAAUGGACUUUGGAGACACAUCAAUUACUAUCACCUCCAACAAUAGUCAAUAAUAGACUUAUCUUACAUGUAAACAAAAAUGAAGACACUUUGUCACCCAUAGCAGAUUGGUAUUUGGAGAGCGAAGCAAAAGAUAUUCUGGAAUGGUUGUGCCGGAAAAUAAAUAUAGCGAUGAUCUUGAACAUGGAGAACAGUAUAUGUUCAAAACAAGUUGUAUAAUUGGAAUCCAAGCUAUAAAAAGAGAAAGAUAAUUAUAUAUUUAAAAUAAUCAGGCACAAUAAAUUCUCUAACAAACGCAAUACCUCCUUGUGUUUAUAUUGAAAACCUACAUCUAAAAGCAACAUUAUCAUUUCUUCUACAAAUACAAUGGUUUUUUUCAUAUAAUUCAACUUUCAUGUAGUUUAGAAAUUUUCUGUAAUAUCACGAAAUUUAAAAUAUUCAUAUACAUACAUAUUCUCAUACUCUUAUAACUAGUUUCUAUAUAUCAUGGAUUUAUGUGUCAAAGAGUUAGACAUAUCUACAUAUUAUAGUCAUUUGGAUAAAGUACGUCUAGUUUAUUUCAUAAUUUAUUUACAAAAAGUCUUAGUAAAUUACACUUACAGGCAUCUCCACUCGAACUAAAGUAAAUAAUUUAAGAACUACACGUAUUUAGAUAUCUAUAGAGUAGGAUACUUUUUGGGGUCAGGGAGAAGCUGGGAUUAGGGAAAGUGUUCUGUUUUAAUGUUUUUACCUCAUCAUUAUUCUUCUAUUCUUCUUUUAUCCUCCUUACCUGUUUAUCUCUUAAAUAAAAUCGAAUCUGAAUAUUUUCACUUUUCCUUGUUUUUUUUUUAUUUUACAUAUGCUACCCUUGUGAGAACCAAAACACCGAUCAUCUUAUUUGUGAAAUCCGUUUCUACAAAAUGAGAAAAGGAAGUACCGGCAUAGGUGUGCAAUGAUGAAAUCAAAUGUAAAUUGUCGUUUCGGCGGACAUUAAAAAUGAGAGUGGUUUUUUCUCGCUUUUUUCUUUCAUUCCAUUACAUUAGAUAAAUGUAUAUGCAAAAACCGUCGAAAUAUGUGCAAAAAGCUGACAAUGGGGGGAAUAGUACUUGUUAGAUUUUUUCCGUUUACAAUAACAUAUGCGCUUUGAAAAGCAUAAGUUUCAUGAUUAUAAAUAUGUCCCAUUGGAAUCACUUAAAUGGCACGAUCGAGAGCUUCGAUCCGAAAAUUCUAUGUUUAAACUUCUCUGCAUAUUGUUUGGAAUACAUUACAUAAUUUCAAUACAUUAUUAAAAACUGUCUUUCUCCAUUUCCCUCUCUCCCUCUCACACUCUCUCUCAUUCCCUCUCUUUCUCUCCUACUCUCAGUCUUUCUCUACUUCGUACAUUUUUCUUUUUUUUUAAAGUUGUUACUACUAGUUUUGUUUUCUUUGAACUCAUAUUCAUUAUUUAAUACGUGUUCAAAUUUGAUCACAAUGGCAUUUAAUUAUAUUUAUAUAUAAGUAAAUUUAUUCUGAAAACUGAAAUAAAUAUUGCUGAUUCAAAGAAUUUUCUUUUAUAUAGAAAAUUGCAAAAAAGUAUAAUUAGGAAUGAAAUAAUAAUAAAACAAAGCCCAUUAAAAAAAAAAAAAUAACAUGUGAAUACUAUUUCGAUAAUUUUUAAUUAGAAAUGGGAUAGCAUUUUAUCUAAGGUACGCAAGUAUAUUAAGCUGCCACUUGUCCAUCAUUUAAUAUUUUGCUCUCGAUCUUUUCUUUGUAUAAGAUUUAUAUAUAUAUAUAUAUAUAUAUAUAUAUAUAUAUAUAUAUGUACAUGUAUAUUAUAUAUAUAUAUAUAUAUAAUAUACACAUGAUACACAUACUAUAUGCAUAUAUAUACCACGCGCGCGCGUGUAUAUCUAUAUAUGCGCAUACAUGUAUACACAUAAUGCGCUCACAGUAUAUAUAUAUAUACAUACAUACAUACAUACAUACACACACACAUACAUACAUACAUACAUACAUACAUAUAUAUAUAUAUAUAUAUAUAUACAUACAUAUAUACAUACAUACAUACAUAUAUAUAUAUAUAUAUGUAUAUAUAUAUAUAUAUAUACAUACAUACCCACACCCACAUCCACACGUACAUACAUACAUACAUACAUACAUACAUAUAUAUAUAUAUAUAUAAAAUAUGUGAACAAUAGUUUCAUUUAUUUGACAGACACUAUUCCCCACCCCUUUUUCUACCAGCACCCCAUCCUUCAUGCAUACAGCCAAGACACUCGCUGCUUUCACUAUCAUUAUACAACUCACAAACUUUCCUUCACGCAUGAUCAAAAGCACGAGAAGAUGCAUGAACUGCGCACAACCAUUCUUUCUGUCUCUGUUACAUACAUACAUAUACACGCAUUUAAAAGACGAAUCGAUUCAAAUUGUCAUUCACUUAUGCUUUUCUGACUUCUUAUUUAUUUUUUCUUUUAUUAUUUUUUUCGUCUUUUUAUUCAUUCACAUACAUACAUGCAUACUGAUUCUCAUUCAAAUUUAAUCUUUUCUUCAUAAUUCUAACAGCAAAAUGAUCACGCUAUUUAUCAAUCUUUUUCUCCAUUUCCUUUUCUAUUUUUGAAUCUCUUAUCAUUCUUGCUUUCAUCCAUUCUUUCAUACAUCAACUUUCAUUACAUUCAUUCAUUAAUCGGUUUUCCUUCUUGCUCUCUUUUUUUUUUAGCAAUGUCUUUCUUCAGUUCUAGUUUUGCCUGUGCUUCUAAAGUCGAGACUCUUGGUGGCCCACGUUUUCUUUAUUUUCUUUCUUUUUUAUCUGCAAGCGAAACCACCGUGAGCGUACGAGCCGUGUUACAUCAUCUUUUAUUAUUUUUUUUUUUGUUAUCUUAUUACACGACGCGGCGCAAUUCGAAUAAGAUUCAAUGGAAGUGUGUGUUAUCUACAAAAUAUCUUAAUUACUCGCUAAUUACAGCACAAAACAUGCAAAUAUAAAAAUUUGCAUCAUAUUAUCGUUAAUAUUUAUAUAUAUAAUCGUCACCCAAUAUUCUUUAUCGUUCACAUCGCACCAUUUUAGGUUCGUCAAAACAGAUUUCUUUCUUAGUUGUUUAAACGUCAUUUAUCUCAUUCCUUUUUUUUUUUAUAUAUUAUUAUGCUGCUUAACGAUUAUUUCAUUUUUCUCAUCUUUUUAACAUGUUAUGUUUUUCUUUUUUACCCUCUUCCCAUCUUCCCUUUAUCACUACACCCCGUUUAUAUCUCUAUGAGUUCUUAUUUUUCCAUUUUUCGUCUUUUCUUUGUUCACAGUUUAGUUCUUCCUCGCAUUCUUUUUUCCUUUUUUAUUAACUAUGAAACAUCUUACACUAUCGAUAUUAUUCCAAUUCAUGAAGUAGGAAAGAUAUACUCGACACGAUUCAUGUAAACAGCGUCGUAGUAUACCUUAACUUACUAACACCGAUAAUUAACUUUCUUACUUCUCUGUUGUUUUCUUUUUUGUUAUUCGAUAUAAAAUUACAACCACAUGGUGUUAUGUUAUAUCGACACUUUGUUCCUUUUCUACACACUCUAAAUCCCGCAUUUUAUUUUUUUUCAUCGAUUUUCCUUCUAUAUAAUCUUGUUUUUUGUUCACUCGCACUCGUUUUAACUAUCUUUCUAACAUUUCUCGCUCUCAUAUUUCCUAAAAUGAAUAGCAGCAACAGCAGCUUUUUUCUACAAGCUGUCUCUCGUGUCUCUUAUUUGGACACAAAAAUUGAUCACUUUUUGCACAAGGGGGCUAAACAAACAAACCCGCGGAUCAACCAAGAACGAAAAAAGAAGAGGAAUAUACCAUCCAUUAAUAAAAUAAAGUUACGUGCCCCUGGAACACUGGAACAAUACACGAGCAACAAUCGCAGCCACCUGCUGAUCUAAAAUUUGACUCAUCACUAAGGCGAGUAAUCGUGAUUCGUGUUGUAAUAGCAGAGUUCUAUUAUCAGGAUGCCUAGCAAGAUUUAGCAAUGUGCCGGCUGCACGUCGUAGCAUGUCCAAACUUGUGCCCAUUGAUUCAGGAUUAUCACGCAGUGCUGCCAAUCCAUGCUGAUUUGCAACUCCUAAUGCGCUCGAUUCUGCCUGCUCGAUGAAUGCUACCAACAAUGCUACACAAGGUGUCUGCAAAGCAAUUGUACGAGCCACACCGCUAUCUGCUGCGGAUAGAAAAUGGAGCAGAUUCACGCCAAAUUCGCGCAAUACUUGCUCUUCGCUUCGGCAAAGUAACCUGGUCAAUACCGAACAAAGUCUCUGGAGUCUCGAGUAUGGAGGUGUAGCAACCACCAGAUCCACAUUGCAUUCUGUUACGCAAAGCUUGCAUAAAGCCUCCAGCGCUAAUCGUUGCGGUGAUAAAGAAGAAUUCGGACCAACUGUAGGAAAAGGAUCUUGUCCAUGAGCAGCCGGACACACGGCCCAAUGUAAAAGACCAUCUAAUACCGGUCGAGAUAUUUCUUCUGGAUGUUGACUUAAAUCCAUAUGACCAGCUAUAUUUGCUGCCAUGACAAGCACAUUUUCUCUUAUGUGAUGCAAAAAAUCCCACCACCAUUCACUCUCUCCUUGUAAGCUACUACAUGAGUCCGCGAAAUCUGCAUCUUCUUCGCGAUCAUAGUUUCUUGUCUUCUGUGUCCUCACUGGAUGCUCAUGAUGCAAUAACAAUAACUUACCAAGAAGACUUAAAAAUGUCACAUUUUUAGCGAAUUCAGCCUCGUUACCCGGGAUAAAUGUGAGAUUCCUUAAUAUUGUGGAUAAACAUACACAACGUCGAGCCAGAUUAUCUUGUGUUUCCGUAACAAGAUAUAAACUUGCUUCGUCCCUUGAAUAACUUUCAUCCUCAUAAUCGCUUAUUCGUCUUCUUUUCAACGUACCUGCUGGAUCUCUUAUUUUUAAUCUUGGUCCCUCCUUAUUAUCAUUUUUCAUUACUGAUUCUUGUUCUUCAUUUUCUAUUUUAAUCUCAUUUUUCUCCAUUUCAAUAUUAUUUGUUGUAUCAUUUAAACCAUUUUGUGCUAGUAUAAGUUCCUCUUCGGACUUUUGCAUGUCUGAAAAGUGUUCACCCAUAUUGUUAUUUACUUUUGCUUCUGUAUCACAUUCUUUUUUAAAUCCGUCAUUCUUUUUCUCGAAUAAUUCUCUCGUAAGAUCGUUCAUCUCAACUGGUUCCUUUUUAAUCCUUGAUAAAACAUCACUUAAAGUCUUUGUCUUCUUUUUCUUGUCCAAUUGCUUCUUUUCAUUCGUUUCUUUUGGCUUCUCCCCAGAUUCGGUUAUUUUUUGAGAGAAUUCUAGUGAUUCGAG